AUGGAUUUGGUUGUCAGGCGUAAUCGUCUUCCCAACGAAGGCCUAAGGAAAGAAGCAAUGAAAUCAUCCAAAGAUAAGCCUAAGAAGAAGAUUAAGAACGUUGUUAAUGAUGCGGUUAGAGGGAAGUUUGGGAAGAUUUAUAUUCCUGACCAGAAGGUUGGUGAAACCAAAUUUUCAGAUAGAUCCAAGGGUUUGAAGAGAGGACGGAGAGAAGGUAAGCUGAAGAAUAUGGAAGAAGGUUCUGCUUCCAAAAAGCAGAAAGAGUCUGAGUGA